GCGCAUGAUGGUGCAGCGAUGUUAUUGUUCCUACCCGUCUUUCAUCAUGCUAAUUCGGGGAUUGGCUAGCUAGCUAGCUAACUAACAUAGCUAGCUGUCAUUCUUGUUAGUUUAAAAAUCUAUACUAUUUUCCUUUUAUUUAUGUGUGGUUUCUGAAAGAUGGAUUCUUUAGAUCAUAUGCUAACAGACCCAUUAGAUUCAGGGAUGGAUUAUGGUGGCUGUGUGAUGGAGGAGUGCUUGCUGGGAAACUGUAGAGUCCGGAUACCAGAGGAUUUUCUAGAAGACCCAGAGAUUUUCUUCUCUGUGAUGAGUGAAAGCACCUGGUCUGAGAUUCUAACUGAUGCCCAGAGACAACAUCUCCGUCAGCUCCUACCGCACUUUCCAGAGAAUAACAGUGCAGAGCAGGACAAGGUCAUUAGUGACCUCUUCAACGGUCAGAACUUCUGCUUUGGAAAUCCUCUGCACCUUGCCCAGAAGCUUUUUAGAGAUGGCUACUUUAACCCUGAAGUGGUCAAAUACAGGCAACUCUGCACAAAGUCCCAGAAAAAGCGACAAAUCUACUGUCUUCAGCAGUACUACCACAAACUUCUCAAGCAAAUCCUUGUCUCCAGAAAGGAGUUGUUGGAUAUGGCUGUUCGCAGUGGGCCAGAGAUGGAAGUGAAGCGGCGCUACCCUCCUCCUUCAGACAGAGAAGAACGAGAGCAGCGUGUGAGGCGCAGAGUCAGCCGUAUAUUGCGGGAGGUGAAGACUGAGUGUGGGGACAGCAGCGUGUCCUCUGAUGAAGAUGAUACUGCUUCUUGGCUGUCAACGCCUCCAUCCCCAUCUUCUCCAACUACGACAGUCUCUCUCAGGGUUUUGCCCAGUCUGUCCACCCAGGACAUGAAAGCUAUAGAUAAGCCAGAGCUGGGAGAGAAGGACCUGAGAGCCUUGCUGAGAAGACACAGAGAGAAAAGGAAACGACAACCAGACCAUCCUGACUUGAUGACAUCAGACUUGCACCUUGGUGACAUCAUGUCGCGAGUAAAUAUCGGCAGAAAAGGAUCCAACAUGGCCUUAAUCGACUUGGCCUUGUCCAAGAAGAAGAUCAGGGAGGAAAAAAGGAGGAAGAAGAUGCGGCCCAUUAAAACCGAAUCCGACGACGGCUGCGAGGGUCAGACACCAGCGGCCUCAUUGUCUGCCACCAUUACCGACAGCACACCUGCUCUCCUGCAGAGCGUUAAGGAAGAAGCUGUGGAGGAGUCCCAAAACAGCCCUGAUGCAGUACAGGAAAUCGCUAUUAGCUUCUUUCAUCUGCUAGAGGGCAUCCUCAGGCAGGAGAAUCUGGCAUCCUCUUCACUGAUUGAGGAGAAGGUACAGCAGUGGCAGGCCUCUCCUGGUAGUGCACUCUACCCCUGGUUCUCCUUGGCCCCCUGUUGGUCAGAGCUAGUAGUACCUUCCUUACAUUUCCUAGCAGGGGAGACUGGCUCUGCGGCUCUACCUAGUGGCUUUACUCCAUAUGUAGAAUACAGAGAGCUCACACAGCAGUGGAAAUGGAUUGGACCCACUCAGGACAGUGAAAAGGAUCUCAAUGCUAUUUGCAUGCUUUGGCUUGAGUCAAAGGACCAUGUUGUAGUCAAGCAAGAAGGGGAAGAAACAGCAGAACUAACUCCUCCAGCUCCCAGAGUGUGGACUGAUUAUGUGGUAAGGCCCAGCACUGGGGAGGAACGACAUGUUUUUCAAGAGCAGGAGCAGCAACGCUAUGAUCAGCCUCAUAAAGCCUUUACCUUCCGCAUGCACGGCUUUGAGUCAGUGGUGGGGCCAGUCAAAGGCGUAUUUGAUAAGGAGACUUCACUCAACAAAGCUCGUGAGCACUCCCUGCUGCGCUCUGACCGUCCAGCUUAUGUCACCAUCCUCUCACUGGUGCGAGAUGCAGCUGCCAGACUGCCCAAUGGUGAAGGCACCCGAGCUGAGAUAUGUGAGCUGCUUAAAGACUCCCAGUUCCUGGCUCCUGAUGUCACCAGUGCACAGGUAAAUACAGUUGUUAGUGGUGCUCUCGACCGUCUGCACUAUGAAAAGGACCCAUGCGUGAAAUACGAUAUCGGCCGCAAGCUGUGGAUCUACCUGCACCGAGACCGGAGUCAGGAGGAGUUUGAGAGGAUUCACCAGGCUCAAGCAGCUGCAGCCAAGGCAAGAAAAGCUCUGCAGCAGAAACCCAAACCAACCCCCAAGCCUAAGUCUGGAAACAAGGAUGCAGCUGUGAAGGGCAGUGCUCCAGAGGGCCAGUGCUCAGCUCCUGAAGGGGUUUCGAUACCUGCUGUCAGCUUACCUCAACCUCCUAGCACACCAACACCAAGCACCCCAGGCACACCGAAAUCUCCACUGCCCCCUACUGUGUCUACACCAACCAAAGCAGGUGUACCAGAUCCUGUCAAAACCAGUCCUAGUGUCCUGCUGGUAUCUCCUCCCUCCAUGCCUCAGCUGGGCACUUUGCUGUCUGCUGCUCAGGUUGCUCCUCAGGCCUCCCAGCAGGCCUCGGUGCAGCCUGCAGCUCGAGUGGUAGCUCAUUCGGCUUCAACAGGGUCUCUGCCACAGGUGCGCGUAGUUACUGCUCAGCCCGGCCUUACUGCUGCUUCUGCGGGCCAAGCAGCCACAUUGAUUCAUCACCAGACCCCCCACCAUAUCAGACUACCUGUCAGUGUGGCCCACAGUAAAGGCAUUGCCCAGGCUGUGGUGACUUUGCCUUUACGGAGCCAGUCCACAGGAAAUUCUAUCCAGGUGCAAGCAUCAAGAGGUCAGACUGGCAUCUCUGUACCAGGUUUGGCUUCAGCUGUUGCUGUCAGUAAAGCUCAAAGCAGUUCGCCAGGAAGCCCUGCUCCAAACACCUCGUCUCCUGCAGUGCUACAAGGGGUCACCAGCCAGAAUAUCAUCAAACAGGUUGCUAUUACUGGUCAAUUAGGUAUGAAAGCCCAGAACCCAACAGGCAUCCCACUGACUGCCACCAACCUCAGAAUUCAGGGUAAAGAUGUGCUGCGACUGCCACCCUCUUCAAUCACCACUGACGCUAAAGGACAGACAGUGUUGCGCAUCACCCCGGACAUGAUGGCUACACUCAAACUUACCCCCGACAUGCUGGCCAGUGCCAGCAGCACUGCUGCCAAAAGCAUUUCUGCCACCCUGCAUGUGACCCCACAGCAAGCCCCUCCCACCGUUUCGUCAAACCCUGUUACCCCAGCCACCGCUGAGGCGCUUACCGUCAAAUCUCCCUCUACCUUGUCAGCACCAGGCACCACUACCCUGGUGAAGGCCACAUGUGACACUGCUAUUCGCCUCAUGCCCGCCCUGGCUGUCACCAUGGCAGACCCCAAAGCCCGCACCUUCUCCACUGUCACCUCCUCGGAAUCAAAAGCUGCCGGGACCACCAUUCGCAUUGUACCCAGCCUUGGUGUGAUACCACAAAAACAGGGUCAGACGGUUCCAGUUACCACCAGUACAAGCGCCAAACCUGGCACUGCUUCAACAGGGGCAGCCACAGUUACAAUAGCAACUAGUGGAGUGGUGGGGACUAAAGGGGUGACACUGGGAACUCCUGCUGUGGGCUCUCCACUCUCUCUGGGCACUGCUGCAGCCACAGUGAGACAAGUUCCUGCUACUGCUACAGUGGUGGCCACACAGCCAGGGAAGCUACCUGCAAGGAUCACUGUGCCUUUGUCUGUUCUUAGCCAGCCUCUGAAGAGCAAAAGUGUGGUCACUACACCACUACUGAAAGGAAACAUCAGUACUAAUAUCGGUAAUCUUGGAAGAAAUAUUAUCUUAACCAGCAUGCCAGCAGGCACCAAGCUCAUCGCUGGGAAUAAGCCUGUCAGCUUCGUUACAGCUCAACAACUGCAGCAGCUGCAGCAACAGGGCCAGGCCACACAGGUUCGUAUCCAGACUGUCCCUGCACAGCAACUGCAGCAGCACUCAGCAUCCAGUUCUCCUAAAUCUACAGUCUCCACUGUGGUCGUGUCCACUGCCCCCUCAGCCAAAACAACCCCUGACCCAUCUUAAAUUAAAGUACCAAAACCAUUCUGUGGGGUGUGGCAGUGUUGCCCAGAGCUCUGUGCAAGUCUACAAAUGUUGGCUUCCAUAUGACAAGGAGCUGCUGUUUAGUAUAAUAGAGUUCCCAGGUUUGGCUUUAUGAUGGGUUAAAGGGUAAAAAACAUCAAAAUAUCAAAACUUUGAACCAUGAGCCUUUCUAUAGAAAAGAGACCUUCUGAAUGACUUCCUUCUUAUAUGUUGUGUGUAAAAAGAGAGUAACAGUGUUGUUAAUAUGUGCUUUCUGUUUACAAAAAAAUAUAUAUAUAUUGUUUUGAAAUUUGGAUGGUGUCAUCUCAAAUAAAUAUCUUUUAUUUGGUUUA